AUGAGGAUCUCCCUCACCCUCGCCCUCGCCUUCCAGGCCACCCGCGUUGUCGAAGGUAUCCGCAUCGUUCAGGGUACCCGUGAAGGCUGGGCCGACCUCUACGCGCGAUCCUUUGGAGACCACCUGCGUGAGUCGGGUCACGAUGUGGUUCUCUCAGCCCCUGCGGAAAAGCCUCCGUACGACGACCCCAAGGAGAAGGGGCCUGUGUUCCGGAAGAGACCCUGCCAGUACAAUUCCUGCCUGCCCAUGUCCGGCGCUGCCGGGCGCAACGCGAGCCGUCCGGAGCUCAAUUGGGUCAACGCAUCCCCCGUCACCGCCCUCAAGACCGGCAUCGACACCUUCGGCCCGGAGCGCUGGAACGGCUCCGAUGCCGAGUUCGUCGUCUCGGGCGUCAACGUGGGCUCCGCCCUCUUCUUCGGGGUUCAAUGGUCUGGCACCGUCGGCGCCGCCGUCUAUGCCGCCCGGCGAGGCCUCCCCGCCAUCGCCUUCUCCGGGCUGGUCAAGAACCGCGAGCUCCCCUGGAACACGUACCCGGAGCCCACCGUCAGCCGGGUCUACGCCGGGCUCGCCGCCAAGCUGACCAACGCCCUUAUCGACUCGGGGAAGCCGUACCUGCCAAGGGGCGUCUGGCUCAACGUCAACUUUCCGGACGUGGACGAGAACUGCCUGAACGUGGACGACUUCAACUUUGUGCUGACCCGCAUCACCCCCGGCUGGUUCUCACCCAGGGACGUCAAGACAUGUGGGAGAACGCGGCUGCCCACGGAGAUGAGGGUGUACAAGAAGAGCAAGGAAGGGCUAUGCUACGUCUCAGUAAGUGUCGGCGACGCCCAAGACAAGACAACGAUGAACGAUGUUAGAAAACAGAAAAUGGUGCUCGAGAAGCUGGGUGAUUUGCUUUCCUGCCUACCGAACCCCACGGAGGCGAGUGAUCACAGUUGA